AUGGCGGCCAGUAAAACAAAAUAUCCACUGGGCUCUCCUCAAGAGCAUAUUAAAAUGUGUGAAACCCAUAAAUUACCCAUUGAUGUUAUUUGUGAGGACUGUGAUGAAUUCAUGUGUGCCAGGUGUGCAAAGACAGAUCAUAGAGAUCAUGAAUGGAACACUUUACGCACAGCAGCUACACAAAGGAGGAGAGGUCUGCUUACAAAUCUGAAGAAGAUCAAGGAAGAGGUUCUGCCUGGGAUUGAUGAAAAGAUGGUGAAAAUUCCACAACAGAUAACAGAAAAUAAAGAACUGUGUGACUCUGAAAUUAAAAAGCUCCAGAAGCAUGUUGAAGAGAUAAUGGACAAAUUGACAGAAAUCAGGAAAAAUACUGAACAGAGAUUAAGAGAUAAUUUGGAGGGAAAAAAUAAUAACUUGAAUGAAAUGAAAUGCAAGUUAGACAAAAAGAAGAAAGCAAUAAAAGAGAUGGUAAAGUUUAUGGAAGAUAACAACAGCACAAUGUCAGAUUACGGCGUCAUUGACAACUACAUGGAACUGACACAAAUGCUGUCUGAUCAGGAUGCUAAUUUUAACAAUUUCAAUUCUCCAUUGAGAUACGUUAAAGGAGAAAUCAGUGAUGAGAUGAUGGAGAAUAUGGUAGGAAAAACUCUGGAUUUAUUUGAUAUCAAUUUGACUGAAAAAAGCUCAUUUAUACAUGGGGAUCAAGUAAUAGUUGUUAUCUCGGCAUCGUGUGAGGAUCAGUGUUACAUACGAGAAGGAAAGUCAUCUUACACUGAACAAGUAACCAAAGGGGGUAAGAAAAAACAUAAAUAUAAAGUGGCUUCUAAUGACAUGUGUGUGACUGAUACUGGUGAUAUUUAUUUUACUGACUUCAGCAACAAUUCCAUCAGCUCUGUGUCACCAUCAGGAUCUGUCUCAAUAGUUGUCAGUUUAGAUCCACUGGAACCUAUUGGAAUCUGUCAGUCAGUGGACGGUGGACUACUGGUCACCUUGAAAGACAAGAAAUCAGAUCGCUUUAAAUUAGCGCCACACAGCAGACGUCUGGUGAGACAAGUCACAAUGACAGGUGACUUCAUCCAUGAUUAUGAGUACCAGGAGGACGGUCAAACAAGACUGUUUACAUACCCAGUCAGAGUCACACAGAACAGUAACAGUGAUAUUUGUGUUGUGAGCUAUACAGGUGACACUAUAGGUGAACUAGUGAUUAUGUCUCCCUCUGGUCAUAUGAAGUCUGUCUACCGUGGACAGAACAUGACAAAAGAUUUUAAACCAACUGGUGUUGUGUGCGACUCCCUCUGUAACAUCCUAGUUACAGACCUUAACAACAACCAGAUCCAUCUGCUGAAUCCGGAUGGGGGUUUCCUGAAAUUCUUACUGACAGACAAUGAAGUGAACCGUCCAGUCAGAUUAUCCCUAUACAAGUCUACACUGUGGGUCGGAUACUGGGAAGGAUUUGUUAAAGUGUUUCAGUACACUGUGUAA